AUGUCAAAACAUAUUCUUGUUUAUGGUGGAAAAGGAGCUUUAGGAGAUAGACUAGUGCAAUAUUUCAAAGGAAAGAAUUUUAAAGUAACAUCGAUCGAUCUAAAAGAAAGUGAGCAUGCUGAUGUGAAUAUAAUUGUUAAUGAUAGUGACACGUUAGAACAACAAGCAAAAUUCGUCAACGAAAGUAUUCGAAACAAAUUAAAUGAUGAACGUAUUGAUGCAAUCCUGAAUGUUGCUGGCGGUUGGGCUGGAGGGAAUGCAAGAGCAGAAGGUUUUAUUAAAAACUCGGAAUUAAUGUGGAAACAAAGUAUGUGGUCAUCAUUAAUCGUGGCCUCAUUAGCUAGUAAAUAUCUAAAAGAAGAUGGUCUAUUAACGUUGCCGGGAGCAGCAGCUGCUUUAGAGCCAACAGCAGGUAUGAUUGGUUAUGGUGCAGCUAAAUCAGCUGUUCAUCAAAUGACAAAAAGUUUAGCUGCACAAAACAGUGGUUUACCAAACAGUGUAUCGGUCUUCGCUAUUGCACCGAUAACUCUUGAUACACCAAUGAAUCGGAAAUGGAUGCCAAAAGCUGAUAUGUCGACUUGGACUCCGCUCGAGUAUAUUGCCGAAUGGAUUGAUGAACCCACAUCACGACCAAAAAAUGGUUCUAUAAUCAAGUUAACGACAACAAAUGGAAAAACAGAUUUAGGAUUCCAUUGA